AUGGACGAGAUACAGACGCCGAUUCUCGACAGAAUCAGAGAGCUCAUCUCUCCAUUCACCUUUGCAGAAUUAGAACAUGAUUUUUUAUUCGACGUUAAUGACCGUCAGUGUUUUGGCAAGACCAAGUCCUUGGACGGCAAACGAUGCUACAAUCUGCUGCAGAAAACAGGCGACCGAUACUCGAAGCUCAUGAGUAGCCUUUCCAAGCUGAAACAGCUGGCCAAGGCCUACGAGGACAGCUGGGACGACAAUGAAGGACACGGAACUUUCCCAGUUGACAAGUUCUGUGCACAUCUCGUUACGUGCAUCGAUCUCCAGUAUUGUCACCUCCACAAGAGCAAGCCAAUAGCAGCGGUGGAGGCAUUGCAGAAGAGGUUGCACGCGUUCUAUCAAAACCGAGCGCAAAGCAAAGAAUCUGAUGGCGACACUGAUGACGACGCUUCUUCGGUGAAGUCCGCCGCCGGUGACGAUUUGCGCCGCCUGACGGAAACACCGACCCAUUCGUCCACUGUCACGCCGAAUACCACGCCUCAGUCGAGGAGGGUCAAUAAGGUCACAUUUCCACCCAAGAGCACGCGUGGCGCAGAAGCCCAUGAGAGCGGCAUAAAUCACGCGCUGGAAUGGGUAGAUGACGAUGAUCCCGCCCCUCCUUCAACACCAACUCCUAGCAAUAGGCAGCGGAAAUACGCAGCGACGACUUCAGGGUCAGCGCUGAGUUUGGAUCGAGCGAAGCGACAGACACCACAGAAGGGGCAGAAGCAACAGCAGCAACAGGAGACACAGAGACCGCAGAAGGAGCAACUCAAUGAGCAGCCACCGGUAUUGGAUGGACCUUUUAUUGCCAACGAGAGACAAGAACCCCAGGGUGAAUCUAGUGUCCCGGCACCCAACCAUUCAUCUCCUGUUGUGGCUUCACCGGGCGAAAUCGAAAUGCUCGCGGAGAAGGUCGAGGCCAUUUUGACAGUUUCUCCUUCUCCUCUCCAGCAGGCGGAUUCUCUGCCGCUGCAUCCCGACCACAUGUGCUGCAGAAGCAAGGACAUUCGACCGGAAAACGACGAGGACUGCUACAUCGGAACCAACUACAUCAACAUCAUCAGGAACAUGCAGACUGGGUACGCACACUACAAAAAAUGCAUCGGCCGAAUCUAUGUGCUCCGCAGCGCGAAGCGGUGCGGCCUCUUCAAGAUUGGCUUCUCGGAGAGAGACGACUUAAUGAAGCGCUGGGAGGAGGUACCUUGCAAGACGGAGGCAGUCAUUGACGGUCGGGAGCCAGUGUUUGUGAGCGAGGCUGCGUUUCCAGGCGCCAUAAAGGUCGAAACCCUCGUGAAAGCAUCUCUACGACAUCGGCAGAUGAGCGGACACCCGACUGGGGCGUACGACGAAUUUGCCCACCAGCUGUGGUGCAUCACACCAAAACGCAUCCAUGCGAUGGUUGACAACACACCGCCACCGCUACCACAACCACGGGCAGACGCUGAGGCGACGACACCCAUCUCGGCUACCGCUCCGGGCGCACCACCCGACAAUGGCAGCGCCAGCGGCAGCGGCAGCGGGGGCCGCCUCACAAAAGAAACGCCGCCGCAGCCCAAGCCGACGCCAAUGGUGGCAGCAGCAAAAACCGUUAAGCGAGUCGUGCGCAAAGCCAUGACCUGGGACUCGGCAAAGAGCUCCCCUUCAACGAUGGGGUGGGAGGAAAAAGGACAAGGCUUUACUGUGGUGGUCGAGGAGGUAGACGAGCUCGGGGAUCUAGACGUAACGGAUGGCCGCCGACGUAGCCUCCGCAAAACUCAAAGGGCAUCGCAGGUUGCUUCACAAGUGACGUCCCAGAUCCAGUCGAGCAUUUCUGAGAUUGUGAAUUGGAGAGGGCGGACGUCGAAGCGGUCGUAG